UAUGCAAAACGACCCUCUAGCUAGACGACGAGCCAACACAAUAAAUGAUUUGCGCUCUUUAGCAGAAGAAAUUAGGCGUUCCCAAAGAGAUCAUGACCAACAACAAUUACAACGUAUAUCUGAAAGUGCGAGUGUUGUUAAUGGAAAUGGAGGUGCUUCGUCUCCAGAAUUUGAACAAAUGAGUCAGGAAAAGGCUUUGAUUAUACAGACACUUCGAGAGAUCGAACGUAUUGUUUGUAUAUCAGAACAACAACAAAGACAACAAUCCCCAUUACUCAAUUUGUCUCCUAAAAACAAACAAGAAUUGGAAGAUGAUGAAAGAAUGCGUAAAGAAUUUGAUUUGGCAAUUAGAGCAGGGAAUUUGAGUGAAAUGGAUCAAAUGUUGGCUGCUUUACAACAACCGAAACUUAUUGCUGACAGAACCGAGGUGAGAGAAAUUUUUUAUUAA